UACUUGUUCAGGUUUUCAGCUGCUUUGGGUGAAGAGAUUUUUUAUAUCACUUUCCUUCCAUUUACCUACUGGAAUAUUGAUCACUCCGUAUCUAGAAGAAUGAUAAUUGUUUGGUCUAUAGUGAUGUACAUAGGCCAGGUCUCCAAGGACAUCCUGAAGUGGCCUCGACCUCUCUCACCACCUGUUGUCAAGCUGGAAAUGAGGACGAACGCGGAGUAUGGGAUGCCUUCCACCCACGCCAUGGCAGCCACAGCCAUCUCCUUCUCCUUUUUCAUUGCAACCACGAACCAGUACAAGUAUCCAUUUGAACUCGGCCUGGUAGCAGCUUUUGUGUUUUCGACCCUGGUGUGUCUCAGCAGGCUCUACACGGGGAUGCACACAGUCCUGGAUGUGAUCGGUGGAGCACUGAUUUCGGCCGUGCUGCUCAUGCUCUUGUAUCCUGCGUGGGACAUGAUAGAUCACUUGCUGUUAACUAGUCCCUUCUGCCCACUGCUUUCCAUAGUUGUGCCUCUUGUCCUAUGUUACAACUACCCCAAACUAGACUAUUAUAGCCCUACUAGGGGAGACACCACUACUAUCUUGGGAGCAACAGCUGGAGCAACUGUGGGAUUUUGGUUGACCAACCAGUACACUGCACCAGUCUAUGCCAGCAAAAGUUUGGAGCUUGGAUUUCCUCUGAUCACCAGCAAAUUGGUGGUUGUGCUAGCCAGGUUCUUUGUAGGCAUCUUAGUUGUUCUACUGACGCGCUGGCUCAUGAAGAGCGUGGUCCUUGGUGCGCUGGGUUAUCGGUACAGGUUUCCCAUUCGUGACCUGGAAGCCCGGAGACGACUGGAAGUUGAAGUGCCCUAUAAGUUUAUCACGUACUCCUCAGUUGGCUUCACGGCUACCGUGAUUGUGCCGCUGCUGCACGAGCUGUUGGGGCUGAAGUGAGCUCAGCACCUUCCUCACUGAGCGACGGGCGGCACCACCACUUCAGAGACGCGGGAACUCCAUCAGGGCUGGUAACUUGACCAAAAAGUGUUUUGUGCCUUUCUGCACUGGUGUGGUGGGUUGACUCUGGCUGGAUGCCAGGGGCUCACCAAAGCCGCUCUAUCACUCCUCAGCUGGGCAGGGAAA